ACUAAAGCUCCAACCCUACUUUGGGAUCCGCAACGAAGCUUUCGGAAAGAUCGCGGCCAUGCAAUGGCACAACCGCCGCACAACAACAGCAACAACAACAACAUCAAAGCUCUCGACGUCAAAGCUUCGUGGAACCGUCAAACACUACAAGUAACUAACAAUACAAUGCCAGAAGGAGCAUCCGGAACAGCCUCGGGCGGCCAGCUCGAGGAAAAGGUUGAUUUGAGUGCCGAGACAGAAUCCAAACUGGCGCAGAGUGCCACUUUGGUUCAGGGAGGUCAACUGCGAGAGGCAUUGGCUCUGCUCGCUGCCUUGGAAAAGCGUUGCCGUGUUGGAAAUGAUACAGACUCGCUUGCCAAAGUUUGUGAGGCGUCUCUUCAGUACUGUCGGGAUGUGGGUGAUGAGGAAGCACUAUUGUCAACUUUGAAGACGUUGGCUACGAGACGCUCUCAAAAAACAAAGGCGGUCAAGGCGCUCGUCAGCAAGGCGAUUCCAUGGUGUCUAGCCGACCAGUACACUCCCGUCACUGUGGCCAACGACGCAGAGAAAGAUGCUCGAGACAAUUUGGUCGUUGCAUUGCGAGAUAUUACGGAUGGAAAGAUCUUUUUGGAGUUGGAACGGGCUCGUUUGACGCGAGCUCUGGCAUUCGUCAAGGAACAAGAUGGGGAUGUUGGCAGUGCUGCGGAUGUGUUGCAGGAAGUGCAUGUGGAAACGUAUGGAUCUCUGUCCAAACGCGACAAGGUGGAAUUCAUUCUCGAACAAAUGCGCAUGACCCUUGCCAAGAAAGACUUUGUUCGCGCUGCCAUUGUUGCCGGAAAAAUCUCUCGCAAACACUUGAAGGAAGAGAACAUGGAAGAGUACAAAGUAAAAUUCUACACACUCAUGGCCAUCUAUCAUCGCCACGACAAGGACGCUCUGGAGCUGGCCAAGGAUUAUCAUGCAAUCUACUCGACAUCUCACAUUCUCAAGGAGGAUGCCAAAUGGACAGAGGCGUUGCAGAGCACAGUCUUGUUCCUGACUUUGAGUCCGUACAGCAUGGAACAGCAAAACAUGUUGCAUGUGGUCAGUGAGGACUCCAAUUUGGAGAAAAUUGAGGCCUGCAACACCACGGUCAAGUCGCUACUAAAGAAGGAAAUUAUCAACUAUCCCAUGGUAAACCAGAAGGAACUGGAAUCUUGGCCUGCCUUUAAGGAAGGCGAUUUGGAAGCUCACUGGCAUGAGACCUUUCACCGAAGAAUUAUCCAGCACAACAUUCGUGUGGCAUCUCUCUACUAUCGACAGAUCCAUGGUGCUCGACUGGCGCAACUCCUGGGCCUUGAUUCGGAACGACUCGAGAAGGAGAUUUCCUCCAUGGUCAGUGAUCGCAGCGUGUACGCUAAGAUUGAUCGACCCAAGGACAUUGUGCGCUUUGCCGCAGCAAAGAGCUCCGAGGCAAUUUUGUCCGAUUGGGCUGCUGAUAUCGAUAAGCUUUUGCAUCUUGUGGAGACCACUACGCACCUGAUCAACAAGGAGAACAUGACGGCGCAGUAGAGUAAUGUCGGGGUUUGUUUGGUAGUGCGCGCAUUUUCAAUCAGUACAAUCAAUCUCGAUUGCAUGGGCUUUACCUACAGUAGUAGAAUUCAAUUCAGUCAUUCUCAACUCUAGCUAAAUAGCGGUAUUGGUCCUACAGUUGGAGAGACAGUCGCUCUAUCGCAUCGUUUCAUCAUUUAUGUUACCCCGUAUUGGGUUCCACCAAUCCCAGCACCACUGCCACAAGAUAGAGCGCUUCGACAUGCGAUGCCAAUGGCAAGACGUGUCCCCAAUCCGACGACGCAUCCCAGAGCGGCCCGACAAUGAACUGACUGCUCACAAAUCGCACACCGUAAUCCUGACAUGCCUUUUUGAUGAUGCGAUUGUACCCCGCCAAGACGGUCGGAGACCUCCAAUCUUUGGGAGGACAGUAUCCGGCAAUCCGUUCGUUGAGUGGAUUGUCAUGAAUGGAUCGUGCCCAGAUUUGGACACUGCCCGUGGUUGUACUAGUAGUAUGCACCUGCAACCGGUUCAAGAGUUUUCGAAUCUGCAGGUUGUAGUCGCGAAACAAUGCUGGCUUGUUUCCACUAAAACUGGCAGACCAUUGUCCCACGGCAAAGAGAAUACUGUCACAACGUCCCACUAUUUUGUGGACAAUGGUCUUGUUGUUGACGUCUCGUGGCAAAUUGGCCUUGAUCCAUUCAACUUGUAGAUUGUUGCGGGCCAUGGUAAAGUUGAAAUGUUGCACCAAACUGGCCUUGAGUGUUCGUGAAUGACUGCCGCCGACUAAGCAGAGUGUGGUGGGUUGUACGGCGCGGAUCUUAUGAGGGCCUUCCCACCAGGCUGUUGUAGUUGUUGUUGUUCGAGCAGCAAAUUGUGUGUAUUGAAAGUUUUGGGUGUAGGGUUCGAAUCGAUGCAAGUUGGUGGGUUCGACACAAUGUUUGGGUGGAUGAAAGAAAUCGGAAUGGGAGGGAUCAUCGAUGCGCAGACACCCCCGUGGUUGAAAGCGUGUCAAUACGGGUGUAAAGUCUUGUUCGGCGACUCGUUCAUCGGUCUGAUGCAUCCAAUAUCCCAUGGUAGGACGGUGUUUAUUGUUGUUGUGUAAUAGUGACGACGUGGUUGUUGUUGUCUUUAUUGUUGUUUCAAUGACCACCUUGACAUUGGAUUUGAGGAGUCGAUGAUUGUGGAGUGGAUCUUCGACGCACGUUUGUUGAAAGUCAAAGUUGUCGUCGUUGGAAAAGUCGUGGCACAUGAUGACAAUAAUCUCGACAAAGUAGAGUCCCGUGACGGGUACUUGAUGGUAGUGGCCCACCAAUGUGGUGGAAUGUUGCGGAUUUUUGUUCUUAGCGGUAGUUGUUACCCAAUCAUCUAUUAAAACCAGAGCAGGACCUGACAGCCGUCCUCUCAGAUAGGGAGUGGGACAUCUUCCAUUGCGAUUCAGUGUAACGACAAAAAUAGCGUCCUCUGGUACAUGUUCCACGGAAACAAUGUCAUUGGCCAUGAGACCCGUAGGAUCCGUGGCAAGAAAUUGCCGUUCUGGCUUGGGAAGAACCACCGUGUCAUCCGUAUCGUCAUUAAUGUCUUCUGCGGAUUUCCACUGUUUGCUAGUAACAUCAAAAGCACUUGUAGUUCCUUUGGCAGGUUCCAAGACAAAGACUCGAAUGGCAAAUGCAGUCAGAAUCAGUGCCAGUGAAAGCCAUGUACAAGCUCUGUCACGACCGGCCCUGCUACUCGAUACCAAAAGAUCCUUUCGCUUCUUCUUCGAAACCACUCCCACCAUCCUUUCCUUUCUUUCAUGCUAUUAUGCUAUUGACGUGACGUCUUCAUGCCAACCAGCUUAAUAUUCUAUUGUAGCUACCGGUGUGUGGAUAUACCGCAAUAGUUGGUGUCAUCGUCACUCUUUUUUGUUGUUGUUCUGGAUCUUUUGGAUCUUUUGAGUCAGUCACGAUUGCUCAUCAUUCGUCACUCAACGGACUGCC